UCCUCGUCAACUAAGUUUCUUCACUCUCCACUUCAUAAUAUCAACUUCAUUCUAAACAAUUAGAAAGAACAAAUUAUACAUGUCUCCACAAACAUAUAGAAUAUUAGUUAUUUAAGGAAGAUAUAUUAUUUAGAAUAUUAAAUAUACCGGGAAAGUAAUUAUAUGUGUGUGGGCGGGUACCCAUGGAGCGGGUUUACCUAAACCCAAACCCAACCUGACCCGGUGAAUAGUGUAGCGUGUUUAAACCCGAACCCGGCCCAAAACCCGUCAACACAGGUUUUACCCGGGUUGACCGGAUUGGGUCGGGUGGGUACCCGUGGGUUCGGGUUUUGUUGCCAUCCCUACCUCCAACUCCCCCAAACCCCUUUCAUCUACCACCGCACAAAACUUCAAUAUGCCAAAAAUCUCGAUCUCCAAAAGCUUCCUCUCCUCCUCCGCCGUAUUUGUUGCUGCCGCCAAAGCUGUCCUCCGCCUCCUCACACUCCUCCCUCAAGCCCCACCACAGAAACUAACCUUUAGAUCCAGAUGAUUCUCAGUCACUAAAUUCACCGCCGUCGUCGUUGAAGCAGAGAAGUAGAGGAAGAAGGCAGCAUCGAGCAAGGGGGAGAACGACCCUCAUCUUUGCUGACCCACUUUAUCAACUGGGAUCUGAUGAGGGAGAGAACGAGCGGAUUGCUCCAGUGACGACGGUGGAGGAGUCUUCAAUUUGAGUGGCAGAAUGAGAAGUGUGGCAGCCGGAAAGACAGGCGAGAGAAGCGAUUUCGUGAUUUACAGGAGGGAUUUGGAGAGAAUGUUACAGGUUAGGGAAACGAUUUAGUGAUUUGAGUGACCGUCUCUGUUUCUCUCCACCAUGGAUCUAGGUUUGGGGAGAAUGUUACGGCAGUGGCGAGGAGGGAUUUGCAUAUUUUUUUUUGUUUUUUUUUAAUGUAAUUAUAUAAGAAGUGGAAGGAAUGGAUAUUAAAAUCUCCAUUUGAAAUUUUUAUGUUUUUUCAUUUGAAAAUGUGAUGCGGCGAUUAUGUGGCAAUGGGGUCUACGUGGGCAUGACGUGGCAGCCACAUUAGAAUGACAUCCAUUUAACUGACGGAAUUAUUGACGCCGUCAAAUUAUUUAACGAAAAUGGCUAUAUUAGUAAAGCAAGUUUACAAAAUGUGACUAUAUUUGUGUAUUUCUCAGAAUCUAGUUAUAUUUGUUACAAAGUGCAAAGUUAUGGUUAUAGAAGUGUAUUUUGCCUGGUCCUGGGGCUGGUCAGGUUUAGGAAAUAGGAUGGACUGUUAGUGGAUUUGGGCUGGGUUUUAGAUUUGGGCUAAUGAAUUUAAUAAUUCUAAUAUGGAAUCAAAGUCAAACUUUUGCAUGUUUGAAAGUCUCAUUUUCUCCUUGAAAAGACAAUAUUAUACUUUUUUCUUAUUACCAAUAUAAUACUUUUUCGAUGAGGUCGUUUGAUUGGAUUUGCUUGAAAAAUGCAUGUUGUUUACCUUGAUUGCAAAGCCAUGUCGAUUUGUUCAAUGAGCUGCUCAUCAAGUUCUUAGUUUCUACAUACAAAAAUGUCCCAUCCCAUCAAUUGCCGACAUGCAAGCCAGCCAGCAACAUUAUCUCUUAAAAUUUUGCAGUUUCUUUUAUUAAUUCCAGUGCCUUAGAUCACUGCACUCCUCUUGCUCUAUGUCAGUCUCCUAACCUGUAAACCAAUCAUCUACCUCCUCUCUUCCACAAAAAAAUGGAGAUCUCAGCAGAAUACUACUACUUCGCCAUCGCCCUCUGCUUGAGCUUCCUCGCCUACAGAUUCCUCGGCCGCUGGAUCAAACACGAUUCUCCCCUGCCUCCAUCUCCCACAGCUAUCCCAUUAAUCGGACAUCUCCACCUGGUCAAACCCCCGCUCCAUCUCUCCCUCCAAAACCUCCUGUCCCACUACGGCCCAAUCCUCUCCCUCAAAUUGGGCCGCCGCCGGGCCCUCGUCCUCUCCUCCCCUUCCGCCGUCGAGGAAUGCUUCACCAGAAACGACGCCGUCUUCGCCAACCGCCCCAAAACCAUGGCCGGCGACCACUUCACCUACAACUACAGAGCCUACGUCUGGGCUCCGUACGGCGACCUCUGGCGGGCCCUCCGCCGCCUCACCGUCGCCGAGAUCUUUUCCCCGAAGACCCUCCUCAGAUCCGCCGCCGUUCGCGAGGAAGAGGUCCGAGCCCUGCUCCGCCGGCUGGGUAGAUCCGAAAUCUCCGGCGCCGGGGCGGCACCGGUGGAUCUGAAGUUUCUGCUGUCCCUUCUGACGAUUAACGUCAUGAUGAGGCUGGCCGUCGGGCGGCGGUGCGCGGAGGAGGAAGAGGCCGGGACGGAGGAGGAGAGGGGGAAAUUUCAGGAGUUUAAGGAGAAGUUCUUCCCCAGCUUGGGGAUGAACAUUUGUGAUUUCAUUCCGAUUUUGAGGGCGAUUGGGUUCAAAGGGAUCGAGAAGAAGAUGGUGAAAUUGAGGAAAGAGAGAGACGAAUACUUCCGGCGCGUGGUGGAUGGAGUUGUGGAAAGGCGGCAUCGUCGUCGGGGAGAAGGUGAUUCGGGAACUGGGAGCGACGGAGAAGGGGUGAGAUCGGUGGCGGAGAUAAUCUUGUCUUUGAGAGAGUUCGAUCCGGAGUUUUACUCCGACGACGUGGUCAAUGGUUCUAUUGCGAUGAUGUUUGUUGCGGGAACAGAGACCACAUCGAUCACUCUGGAAUGGGCAAUGACGCUUCUCCUGGAUCACCCACGGGUUAUGCAAAAGCUGAAGGCGGAGAUAGACAACAACAUCGGCCACGAGCAGCUGCUAAACGAGCGCGACACCGCCAAGCUUCCUUAUCUGAAAUGCGUGAUAAACGAGACUCUGAGACUGUACCCUCCGGCUCCGCUGCUCUUACCUCACUGCUCUUCCGAAAACUGCACCGUGGAAGGGUACCAAGUUCCGAAGGACACGACGCUGAUGGUCAAUGUCUGGGCGAUGCACAGGGAUCCGAAGCUGUGGGACGAAGCCGAUGAGUUCGUGCCGGAGAGAUUCGAAGUGGUGGAUUCGAAGGACGCCACCGCAGCCGGCGGUGAAGGAUGCAAGUACGCUCCGUUUGGAAUGGGGAGGCGAGCUUGUCCUGGUGCUGGGAUGGGGAUGAAUUUGGUGUCUCUGGCUUUAGGAUCGUUGAUUCAGUGUUUUGAAUGGGAAAAGGUUGGGCAAGAUGUGGAGGACAUGACUGCUAAAAUUGGGAUGGCGUUGUCGAAAAGUAAGCCUCUAGAGGCUAAGUGUAGUCCCCGGCGUGAUAUAGGUGAACUUUUAUCCCAUGCUUAGCACAUUGUAGUAACACAUAUUUGAGAUUUAUAUAAAAAGGCAGGGUUAUCUCGCACGUUCUGUAUUUUACGGUUAUUUAAAACGAUGUUACAUGCAUUCAGCUAUUAUGAACUAUAGAGAGACUAAUUUAAUAGUGUAAGGAUGUGCUAGUCCUUAGAGGAUCCACAUUAUAAUUACAUUUGGAAUUACAUUAUGAUAUGAAAUUCAUUUGCAAUUUUGCAUUGAUGUAGAUGAUAAUUGUAUCUUUGCAAGCUUGCAUCAGAUGAAAUUAUGGAAUGCAAGGUACAUCAUAUUUAUUAAUUAUUAAAUUAUUCAUUAAUUU